AACAUGUCUAAAUUUGAGAACUAUUAUGUCCUUAGCAUUUGCAAAACAUUACUACUUUGUGGUCUAGUCCUAUACUUGUGCACCAUUUAUUUUUUCAAUGACUCUUAUCAUUUUGCAUCUUCUGAUCUUUUCUCUUCUUUUAAAUCCACAAUAUCAUGUCCAUCUACUACUCAAACGACAAGUAGCUCAUCCACCAACAUUAGUCACAUUAUUUUUGGACUUUUAGGGUCAGAAAAAGCAUGGCACCAUAGAAAAUCCUAUAUUGAAUCAUGGUGGAGACCAAAUAUUACAAAAGGACAUCUUUUACUAGAUGUUCCUCCUCAAGGUGAUGAUCUUCUCCCAUGGUCCUUCAAUUCACCUCCUUAUCGAGUAUCCGAUAAUUUGUCAAAACUUCUUAAGGAAACAAAUCAUGUUGAGCCAAGAGUUUUAAGAAUGGUUCAUGGGAUUAUGGAGGUAGUUAGAGAGGUACAUGAAGGGGUAAGAUGGGUAAUUAUGGGGGACGAUGAUUCUAUAUUUUUUGUGGAUAAUAUGGUUGAUAUUCUUGCACAAUAUGAUCAUACAAAGUAUUAUUAUUUUGGAGGACAUUCAGAAUUUAUAUUGUCAAAUUAUUGGUACUCAUUUAAUCAAGCUUUUGGUGGAGCUGGAAUUAUAAUGAGUUAUCCUUUGGCUAAAGAAUUUGCAAAAAAUGUAAUGUCGUGCUUAAAGAGAUAUGCACACUUGAGAUCUGCUGAUAGAACAACAAUGAAUUGUAUAGCUGAUAUUGGAGUCAAUCUUUCUCCUCUUCAGGGUAUUCAUCAGAUUGAUCUUCGUGGUGAUAUAUCUGGAUUUCUAUCAUAUCAUCCAAAGUCUCUAUUAACGUCCCUUCAUCAUUUUGACAUGUUUGAUCCAAUUUUUCCUUCUAUGGAUCGUGUACAAUCAGUGUUCCACCUCCAAAACGUUGCAAAAUACGAUCAAUCGCGCAUGUUACAACAAACUAUAUGCCAUCAUAGGUCUAAAAGUUGGACAUUUUCAGUUUCUUGGGGAUAUUCAGCUCAUAUUUAUGAGAAAAUUAUGCCUAGAAGUUGGAUACAAAGACCAAUUGAAACAUUUAGAACAUGGCAACCAAGUCCUAAUCCACCAUAUUACAUGUUUGAUGUUAGAAGUCCUUCUUGGGAUCCUUGUGAAGCUCCUCAUGUAUUUUUCUUCAAGUCCGUUAAGAAAACUCAAAGAGGUGAAAUUGUUACUAUGUAUACUAGAGGAUGGCCUCGAGGGAUAGGAACUUGUUUGUCUUCUGGAAAUUUUUCUGCUGAGUAUAUUUCUGAAAUUCAUGUUUACUCACCAACAACCAAACGUAUCCUGAUUGAUAAAUGUGAAUGUUGCGAUAUAAUCCAUGAGGCAGGAUCAAAUAAGGUUGACAUCAAAUAUAGAGAGUGUAAGAUAAAUGAGAUAAUAGCUUGAUUGAUUUGUCGAGUUGUUGUAUAAAAAUUUGUAUUUUUCUUCUUCGUAUUUUUUGGGGAAGGGGAUAUAAAGUAGGAAACCGAACGCUCUUUAACAAGGUGAAAGUUCAGAUAGCCAACUAACUGAGCUAUAAAGGUUUUCAUAAGAAUUUAUAUCAAUCUUAUUUUCUUGCAAUCGAAUUUACUUUUUUCAAAUGUUAUUUGUUAUGUAUUGUUUUUCAAUUAUAAUGUAUCACUUGGGUAGUGAGCCCAAGGUGUAAAUUCCAGAGUAGUAGCCUUUAGAAAUUCAGCCCAAAGAGAACAAUUGAUUUUAAGCCUCCAUUAUCUCCUAAUAGCAUGGUGUAUCAACAAUAUCAUGUGAACUUCUGAUAGCCACACCAUCUACCUCAUUGGGGAGACAAAGGUUAGACCAACUGUUCAAAUAAUAUUUUUUUUAUUAUCAGGAGUAGAGAAAGAUCUUAGCCAUGUGUUUUAAGGUCUUUCGAAGAUGCUGAAGGAGUGUAAAUAGGGAGAGACUAGAGUGAAGGAUACUUGAUGUUCAAUUGUCGAUAGUCAAUGCACAUUUUCAUAAUCCUAUUCUUCUUCCUCAGAAACUAUAUCGGAGUGUCCCUAGGGGGAUGUUAGGUCUAAUUAUGUCAUGAUUCAAACUAUCGGGCUAUGUAAGCACUUACUCUAACAUCUAGAUAGGAGAAUUCUUGCCGUCCGAUUUAAAAUUGGUAAUGCAGGAGUAGACUGAAACCUAGUACUUCAUCUUAAGAACACAAGAGAAAAUAACGUCAACCUUGA